AUCAGGCAACCAAUAGAUUCAUCCUUAUGGAUAAACCCCCUCUUUCAACAGAUCCAUCAGCAAAAAGAUUUCUCGCAAUGUCCAAGAGCGCAUCAGGUAGUGCCGGUACGUCCCCGCCAGUUCGGGGGAAGACUGCAAAAAUAUCCGUCGUCCGUGCUCAGAUCGGUCUGAAGAACGAAAAGUAUGAGUGGAACAAAUUGGUGGUGAGUUUUCCUUUUUGUUGUUUUUUCUCCCUGUUCCCCCCUCAAAGUCGGGAACGAAGUGAAUCUUGGAAACAGGGGAGGAGGGAGGAGAAAACAGCUUGAGAGGUCUUUUUUAUUAUUGUUAUAGAAGUCUUCAAAUCCCUUCCCAUCCUUCCUCCUCCCCUUUUUCCACGGAAGCAAUCUUUGUGGCAGAAGCACUUCAUGGAUGCCGGCUUGGUUCAGCGAAGGUCUCCACCCCCCUCUCUUCUUCAAGCACCCUCCCGGGCCCAAAGAUGUUAUUACGGGAGAGGGAAGGGGGAGUGGGUAAGGAGGGAAACGGGGUUUGGAGGAGCUCAAGUCGAUUGUGGCUCGCUCCGCCGUGAGAGGGGCAUUCUGAGCUCUCCCCCUACUCCUCCCUCAUUCACUCUGACUUCGGUUCAUUCGCUUCAAUUCCUCCAUCACCAGCGUCCCCAACUUGACCCCACUCAAUAUUGCAUGACGAUCAAGAUUCUUACGAUCGAGGGAUGGGGAGCAUGACAGACCAUCUCGGCCAAAGCUUUUCAGAAGUUUAAUCAAGAGAACGGCUUCGCACGCACCCCGACAUGGUCAACACUCUCAUUCGCGCAGCAGCAGUCCCUCAUCGAGCGUGUUAAGCAGUAUGCAGACAUGACUCCGGGCUGCUCUAGGUACUUUGAGGAUCACCCGUGGCUACCCGAAUACCUUCUCUACCAGCGGACAAGGAACAAGAACACUGCCCGGAAAAGUACAUGCCCCUUCCCCACCCCCCAGCCCGAUCUAGAACAACCAACUAACACGGUAUAAUAGGAGAUCAGGGGCCGGGCCUGGGUGCUGGAGAAGCCGAAGAAGACGAGGAGGAUGAUGCGGAGGAUGGAAACGGAAGUGCUAAGGAGGAUCAGGGCCCGGACGAUGCUCCAGGACCAGCCGAUACUCAGGACAGUCUGAGUGUGUUUUACCCACCUGCUCCCCCUCCCCUCCCCGCAAUCCCGAUCCCCUUAAAAACUGAUUCGAUCUGAACCCCCUUGUUUUCUUCUCAUCAAAAUUCCCGUCUGACUAAACCCACCCAACCACUUUUCUCCUCACAGGAAUCGAUUUCCUACUCAACUAGAACGGAUCAACCUCUAUCCCCUCUUCCCGAGGCGGCGAAUUUAUUAUUUUUUUAUUUCUUAAAUGGGAUUUUCCGGUGGCCAGCGCUUUUUUUUCUUUCCUUCUUCUCCUUGUUCCCUGAUUUUCCUUUCAUUGUCAUUUCUUUUUUCGGCAUAGGGGAUGAAGCCAAUGUAGUGAUUGGUGUUGUCCCUUCUCUCUUGCUUCCGCACUCUAUUCCCCAGAACCUCUGAAAAAAGAUAUGGAUCAAACUGCUAUACGAUGUUAACCUAUUGACCUCUUUUUUUUCACGCACCUGUGGAAUUCCCGAAAAAGUCGUCCUUCCUCUUUCUUUCAACCGUCACAUACACCACGUCGCCCACCACACAGGGAUUCCCUGGGGGGAAAUAACGGAGAGGAGGAGAUGGGAUAUGGAUAGAGGGAGAUGGAAGACUGUUAACCGUCAGUGAAAUACCGGACGGAAUAUACCAAACCCGUUUCCCUAUAAUUUCCCUUGAAUAGCAUGCGUGAGAUGGUGGGUGAGACAAAACAAAAACAAAAAAAGAAAGCUGAGCCUGAAAGCGUCGGUUGGCGCUGCUCGGUGGUCGUAAGUGGGAAUCCUUCCUGGCGAAACCACGGUUCCCAGGAAUACCGAAACAUGCCUGCAUCCAAGGGGCAGAGAAGCAAGGAUAAGUCAAAAGCAGUGGUGGUGCAGUACCAGUACGAGUACUUGUGAUAUGAAGGAAAACUUGGUCUCCCCAUCUCCCCCAGGCCCAUGAUUCUGGCAUGCGCCCGAGUGAGUUUCCAUGAGUUGGUUCAUCAAGUCGGCCGAAGGGGCAGAGUUCCGGGAGCUUGGCGUAGGGGCCGUUUGACCUGCAAGAAAACACUGGCACCAGUUGCGAGAGCUGAUAUCGGCAGUCGAGUACGAACGUUCCUGUGGUCGAGGGGGGUGUUUUCGGGAGGGUACGAUGGCAAACACGGAGCGAACAUAUGAUGGCAGGAUCUUUGUGAAGAUACUGGAGGGAAAGGAGUGUGCAUGUGGUAGGGGGGGAGGACGGAAGGGAAGGAAGGGAAAGGAAGCCAGCUUUUAUUUCUUUCACCCUUUUUCUUUCUCUAUGCCCAUGCCCAAAAACGCCUGCUAAAGGGCAUAAGGAACAUAAACCUUGGGAAAACAGGAAAGAAAAAAAAAAAACAAGGCACUUGAGGUGAAUUGAUGUGGAGUAAAAUCGAGGGAGUUUUUUUUUUUUUUUCCUUGUGCAUUUUUCAAUUACGUAUUUCCAACGCACUGUAUUACUGAAUGUCCUGUAUCACAGAACUACUCGUAGUCUUACAUUACGGUAAAGGAAGGAGAUUAACCUUUAUCUAAGCAAGCGAGCAAGCAGCAGGAGGCCAGCGGGCAACAGGUACUUGUACUCGAGUACAGUAUCGUACGGUACUUGUGCGGCCGCACCUCCCUGUAACGGAUCCUAAGAGUUCAGGAUUUUCCCGUUCGCUAUAGAGGGGCUCGGAACGGAAUACCCGUAUCUAACGAGAAUACCGUUCGUGUGGGGAGGGGGGAGCAGGGGGUGAAUUCCCAGAGGAUUCUUUCGUAAUGGC